AUGUUGUCAAGGGCCUCAACAAUCCCCCACCAAGGACUACUUCGCUUUUUCUGGCUCUUCGGCUGUGACCGAGUCCUCAUUACGUCCAGCAAGGGCCUGGCCGAGGUCCUCGUCACCAAGAGCUACCAGUUCAAGCGACCGGAUUUCGUUCGCAAGCUAUUGGAGCCAGUCAUUGGGGUGGGAAUCCUCCUGACCGAAGGUGGAGUCCACAAGGCCCAGCGGCGGAACUUGAUGCCGGCAUUCGCCUUUCGUCAUGUGAAGAAUCUGUACCCCGUCUUCUGGAAGAAAGCGCGAGAAUCCGUGCAGGCCAUGACGGCUACGGCAAACGGCGAGGGCAUCGCGCAGCUCGAUGCCCUCGAUUGGGCGAGCCGCAGUACCCUCGACAUUAUCGGAGUGGCAGGGCUAGGAGUCGACUUUGGCAGCAUCCAGGAUCCGAGCAAUGCACUUGCUACGACGUACAAGUCCCUCAUGUCUCAGCCAGUGGCCUCUCGACCUGCAGUAUUGCUCCAAGCCCUGCUCCCCAAGUGCCUGGCUCGUCUGGUCCCCGCGGGUGGCAGCGUCGUUGCCGAAGCGAACCGCACUAUCCGCCGCACGUGUCAACGUCUCAUACGGGACAAGAAGCGCAAGAUGGCAGCCGAAAAAGAACGCACAGAUGUGGACAUUCUUUCCGUCGCCUUGGAGAGCGGCUUCUUUAGCGACGACGGCCUCGUCGAUCAGCUCAUGACUUUUCUGGCAGCCGGCCAUGAGACCACGGCCACUGCAAUGACUUGGGCCACGUAUGUUCUGUCGUGCUACCCCGAGGUACAGGCGCGGUUACGCCGCGAAGUGCGCCAGAGCCUACCCCCGCUGGACUCGGCCGUCGACAUCUCCAGCUCAGACAUCGACAAGCUGCCGUACCUAAACGCUGUGUGCAACGAGGUUCUCCGCGUGUUCCCCCCGGUUCAUCGAACGUCGAGAGAAGCGGCGGAGGAUACCACCAUCGAGGGCCAGCACAUCCCCAAAGGGACAGUCGUGGUCCUUGCCCCUUGGGCCACCAACGUAGACGAGAAGCUCUGGGGCAGCGAUGCGCUAGAGUUCAACCCGGAGAGAUGGUUGGUCACGGAGGGGAGGGAUGCCAGGGCCGCGGCCGGUGGUGGCGCGAGCAGCAAUUACGCGUUAUUGACAUUUCUGCACGGCCCGAGGAGCUGUAUCGGCGCCACGUUUGCCAAAUCUGAGUUUGCCUGUUUGCUGGCUGCAUGGGUGGGACGUUUUGAGUUUGAGCUACAAGAUGAGAAGUUGACGGACAGAGGGAAUUUGGCGAUACGGUUUGGUGUGACGGCGAGGCCCAAGGGUGGGCUACAUGUCAAAGCAAAGGUCGUGCCAGGGUUUUGA